AUGGCAGAGGAUGGAAGGAGCGUAUUGGCAAUUGAAGGUGUUGAAAUGAUUGCAGAUGGCAAAUGCCUAUGCAACAACCAGGUAAUAUUUGUAAAAGGAAUCUAUGGCAUUGGUGGGUUGUCGAAUGCGAUCAGAAGAAUUAUAUUGGACUCAUUAACAAAUUUUUCUUUAACAGAUAAUAAUGAAAUGUUGAAUAUAUAUGGAGACAUACUGUACAAUGGAAAUAAGAUAUGCUAUGACGAACUGCAGGAUAUUAUGAAUCAAUACAAAGUAUUCUACUCAAGUGAAAGUGUAAGGCACUCGCUUGAGUUUAUCAACUUUCGAGAUGCAGAAAAACUCAUGGACAUGUUUGAUCUUACAGAGCUCCAGGACACUUCUAUAUCUGAAUUAUCUAUAUCUGAGUCUAGAUUAUGGGAAACUGCAAUCAAUUUAGCUUCCUCACAGAAGGUGAUUAUUUUGCGAGACUUUCAGGCAAAAUACUCUCUUGAGAAAAAAUAUCUGUCUGCUCUCAAGAGCUACUCAGUAAGCAACCGAUCUAUUAUUCUUGUUGAAACUGAGUACUUCAUGGAGUUUGGUCUUGAUGGAUGUGUUUUUAUUAAAACAAACGAAGUGGAAUGUGUUGACUUCCAUUCGAAUGCAGGCAUACGGAGAUUUGAAGCCAUUAAUGCUAAUUUGGCAUAUGAUUCGUUUAGAAGGCCGUUCAGACCGUAUAGGGCAUUUAACUUCAGAAUGGCAGAUGAUGCCAGAUGUCUUAAGAAAAGCAAUGUAUAUGAAAUGUGUCGUAAUGAUCUUGUAGUGUAUAAAUUAGGAUGCAUAGAUCAGCAUAUAUUUUUUCGGAAUACAAGCAAUUGUAAAAAAAUAGAUGAUGAGCAAGGUAUAGGAAGCAAACCGAAUAUAGAGAACCAAUCCACAUACUGGUUGUAUAGCAUGAGCAUCAACACGUCGUUGGCGUUGACACGCAGAAGAUGUGUUCUUGAAGAGAAAAAGAGGAAAAGAUUUAAAAGGGGGUUUUUCUCAUUCUCGAUCCAAGUGUGCAUUCUCUUGAUACUGAAGCUUAAAUACGCCAUAAUCAAUCAAUUAUCGAAUAAGCCGGUUAGUUCUUAUUUACGGUUAGAUAAGUUUGAUAUUUGUCAAGCAGAGGUUUUAAUUAGAUAUUUGUUGUCUAGGAUACAUUUGAGAAUAGAUCGCAUUUUGAAACAAAUGCUGUUGCUCAUGGCUCGUCUUAUAUUCAACCUGAUUAAGUCGUUGAUAAGAUGGCUUAUAGAGUCAUUUAUUUACAUGAAGACACAUAACUGGAGUCUGAUAGAUUACAAGAUAAUCUCAACUGGAAUAUACCUGUUGGUUCUGACCCGUGGAAGCGCAGUUAUUAAUGAAGAAAAGGCACAUAUGUACUGCCAUGUCAACAAGAUAUACUCUCCAGGCACAUAUUUCUUUCAUAUUUUCAUAUAUCUGGUUCUCAAGAUAUGGAUUCCUGUGCUUGCAGUUUUCUAUAUUCUCAACAACAUUUGGAUUUCGUUAACUUUCCUUGCCACAGGAACAUUUGUUUGCAUCCUAAUAAAUCUGACGAUGAGACUGAAACUCAAGUGCAUAUGCAUAUGUAUAAUUCUAUCUUUCAACCUUCUGUAUCCACUUGACUGUGAAAAUAUAAGCAAGAGCUUUUUUCUCAAGUACUCUGAAUCGUUCAACUUUUUUGUUGCAUGCAGGGAGCUUCCGUUUUCACCGCUAGAAAAAAAAAUGAAGUUGUUUUAUCGCCUCCUGAGAGCCUACUUGUGUAUGUAUGUUUUGUUUUGUUACAAGCUUUCCAAAUACUGA